AUGGGCCAGGUGGCAGAACAGCUGGAUGAGGCAUGUGAGGAUAAGGCUUGUAAGGAUAAGGCCCGCAAGGAUAGGGCCUCCUUCUCCGCAUUAAUCUCUAAACACAAGCCCCCUAGCCCUCAGCAACCUGCCUUCAACCGCCUAAAACUACCAAAAAUCCUAUAUAACUACCGUAAACGUACUGUACUAUUAGGUGUACUAACGGUUGGACACACUGAUGACAAGCACCAACAGAAGGUUAUUUCAAAAAUUGUUAGCGGUUCGGCUUCAGGAACGUCGAAUCUUUCAAAGCUGAAGAAGAUAUUUGAGCCCCAAUACACAUCCGAGAGCAUAUACUUUGGCAUAGAGAAGCAUUUUCCUCUACCAACGGUUGAAGCGAUUAGUGCUAAACGAACGACCUCCAAUUUGGCAAAAGAUACAACUAUUGAAGCGUUAGAGCACUAG